GGUGAGGGAGCAGCUGAUGAGGGUGGACCUACAAGAGAAUUUUUAACUUUGCUGAUGAGGGAAGUCCACUCAUGUGAAAUAUUUGAUGGAGAGGACUGGAAAAAAACACUUGCCUGCAAUUCCAAAGCACUGUACAAUGGAAUGUACAAGCUAGUUGGACGGAUGAUAGCUGUGUGCCUGGUACAUGGUGGUGUGGAGCCACAUUUUUUUUUGGAAAGACUAUUUUGUCAGGUGUGCAACCUUCAGCCCCCAGUACCAGACCUUCAAGAGAUUGUGGACUACGACUUCAGAGCAAAGAUGACCAAGAUCCAUUCGGCACAGAAUGUAAAUGACGCACAGUGUGCUAUAAUGGAGGCAUCUGACCAAUUAAGUAUGCUGGGGUCUCUAUGGCACAUCCAGACGUUAGAGGACAGAGACAACUUGGUGGAAUCGGCUACCAAGUUUUUCACUGAGAACAGGUUGAGGGAUUCCUUGGAACAAUUUAAAGAGGGCCUGGAGUGUCUUGGGCUUUUGCCUUUGAUGCAAAAGCAUCCUGAGCUCUUCAAAGAGGUAUUUAUGUACGAGGAGAAGCCCCUUUUGGCCGAAGACAUAUCUGCUUUGUUUAAACCAGAACUUUCUACAGUUGGCAGCAACAGGAGAGUAGUGGAGAGUAGAAUGAUCUGUUUCUGGAGGGACUGGCUCAUAGAAGUGGAAGAAUCCCGUCUUGUGACAGCCCAGAGAAUCUUCAACAUCAUAAGCUAUAUUGGCCCUGGGGUGAAAUCCUGAUCCACCUCUGGCACACAUCGACUGAAAUGUCUACGCAGGCUUCUUCCAUGGCCAUAUAGGUCAACACAGAUGUGAGGUUCUCAGUUAUACACUUUCCACAGCCAUGCCAGAAAACUCCACAUCGGGUUUAGAAAGGGAGAGUGCAGGCAGAAAGAUUUUGUAGUUUUUGUUGUCUUUUUGUUUUAAUUUUGAGCCCAAUAAAGACCCAUAGCCCUCUGUGUUUGAGUCCUUGUCUCAUCCAUCAAACCACACCUGACGCUGAGGUUAUAUCCUGUGUGAAUAUGUCUGCUUUAGGGUGUGUGAAUGUUUGCUACAUGUGAAAUUCAUGGUCCUCAAAGAUUUUUCUAAUUCAUUCAUUCUUUUCUUUCUGUAAUUUUACGAAACCAUUGUCGUUAUUGUCUAGUGACCACACAGUCUUAGCAUGUAUUUUUCAACCAUUUUGAAUCACUAAUAAGCAGCGAACACAGUGAAUCACAAAAUAAGUGGCUCUUUUCCUACUGUUAAAAGGAGAAGUGUUUUUUCCCAUCAGGAACAGUUCCACAAGGCUUUUUCCCUUGAAUUACAGGGGGUUUAAAGUCAAGAGUCAAUAUAAUAUUAAAAAUAAUUCUAGCAAAUACAUUUUUUACUUUAAUUUUCAAGCUUAUGGGGUUCCAUAUAAAAGCAAUCAAUAUGAAAGUAGAAAAGCAGUGAAUCAAACACAAAGCAGUUGUUUCUAAUUCUGAUAAAACUAAAGAGAAAGGCAUUUUAUAGUACAUUUGGAAAAGCUUGCACACAUUCAGUAUUUUGUGAAGGUUUGUUAGACUGGAGACAAUGAAUCAACCUCAGCUGUGAGAUGCAUGUUUGUAGGGCCAUUCCGUGAUAAAAAAAUUAAAUAAAAAUAAUAAUAGUAAAACUAAUGAAUAAAUUAUAAACCAUGUACCCAAGCCAUAAUUUUGAAGUGAUCUAUGGCGCAGGAAUCCAUAACAGCAAUAGUCUUUAAAAUUAUUAAUUGCC